ACUUCCGAAAGGAAACUGUCAGCCAUAUUCUUUUACAUAGUUGACUGUCCCGUAUUGCACGUGGAGUAAAAUAAACAGAUCAACAUGGUAGCGCAAAAGAAGCAGAAAAAGGCCAUUGAGAGCAUAAACAGUAAACUUGCCCUUGUAAUGAAAUCGGGCAAAUAUUGUUUAGGAUAUAAACAAACGUUAAAAACUUUAAGACAAGGUAGAGCAAAGCUUAUCAUCAUAGCCAACAACACGCCUCCUCUUCGUAAAUGCGAGAUUGAAUAUUACGCUAUGUUGGCCAAGACGGGUGUACAUCAUUACACAGGGAAUAAUAUUGAACUCGGUACAGCCUGCGGUAAAUACUUUAGGGUGUGUGUCAUGUCGAUUACGGAUCCUGGAGAUUCAGACAUUAUUAAAUCUAUGCCGACAGGCGAAGUACCCGCCCAAUAAAAAAUAAUUUUUAAAUUAUAA